GUCACCGAGGUGGUCAUUGCUAUCAGACAAAAAUCACGAGCUCUGAGUAUAUCUCUCUCCCUUGUGCUCGCAGACAGAGAACGAUGAAGUUGUUUUGCGUUCUGGCUAGUUUACUGGUCGUCGGUCAGUGUUCCUCAAGCUUUGACCUGUGUGAGGACAACGAUCCACGAUGUACCUGUUUGCGACCAAACAAGCUUCUGGGAACUCUCCGUCCUGUGGGCGAAGCCAACUCCGACAGUUUUUGUUACUGUCCUUGUGGUCAGGCCCGGGGAGAAUUGUGCUCGACAACAGAGGAGUGCGCCGUGGGAACCUACUGCGGGGCUCCUAUUCAUUUUGAGACCCAUGCAGACAAAACAAAAGGGGUAUGCAGAGACAGAUGCAGUGACCAUCACUGCCCGGAGUUUACCAUAUGCAAACUGAACACCACGGGUUACCCGGUAUGUGAAGCCUCAACGUUCACCUGUACUCGUAACGUCAACGUUCAGGUGUGCGCCUUUGAUCAUCUUGUGGAGGAAAUUAAAUAUUUCCCAAACAUGUGUUAUCUGGUGAAUGAAAUUUUUGAACGCACAUCCGUCGGGAAUGGAGACAGCCUGGAAAGACGUGACUGCCAGACAAUGGCCGUAAUACAUUCGCACUAGCCGGAUUCCUUCAGCCGGAGAGAAAGUUCCAUUCCCCGUGAAGUUGAGAAUCCGUCCAACAAAUUCCCAAAACAACAACGUAUCAUUCAGGUCUCCCGGUUUGGAUGAUUUACGUGUGUCAUAACAUAGUCAAAUGGACAACAUAAUUAUCUUCAACAAACUCAAAUAAACUAACUGAUGCAAUUUAAA